CAGAUUUUAUUGUGGUUAUUUGCCGUUACACUGAUUUUCAUAGGUCAACGUUCUGCAAGUGCAAGUAAGUAUCAAUAUUAAGGUGCUUUUAGGAUCCAAAUGGCUAUUCUUUGAGAGUGUGCUAACCUUAGUGUGUGUCGGCAUACAAUUUGCACUGCACAACGGGAGGAAAAAAAGUAACUUAACAACGGUGUAAUAUAACUUUUAUGAACGUAAGAGAUAAUGAGAUUGUAGGUAAAUACACUUUACAAAUAAACUUUAAGGUGUACGUGCAAGACAUUAACUAAAGGAAGUAUAACUUUGAUGUGAAAAAAUAGAAUACAGUGAUGAAGCACCAGUAAUGGGAUUAAGCAUUCAGUCUAAAGAACUCAUUGUAGGGGCGGUACUGCGUUCAAACGUGGUCUGAAACGUUUGUUUACUCUUAAAACCAAAGAAAAACAAGAUUUUUUGAGUCGAUAAUUUGUAAUACAUCGGAAUUUCUCAUUUCAUGUUUGUUUUCAGCCAUAUUUUUAUCGCAUCGUAUCGUUCAUUUAAAAAACUGAAAGUGAACGCAAGGAAAAAUAGGACACGGUUAGGGAUAAUUUAGCAGCAUUACAAAGCACACACGUCUUGGUUAUUGGCGUUUCCGUCGUAUAUACCGACGUAUACGCGAGUUUAAAGACAGCUAGCGCUUACAGUAAAAAUUCAGUGGUUAUUACUUGGAUCCAAAUAGUAAUGUAUCUGUUGUUUUAUAGACAUGAAAUUGAGAAGCGUCUUGGCCUUGCUAAUCCAGAUAAAAAUCAGCUUAACGUCACGUUCAGCCUACUCUGCAAGCUCGUUCUAAUUUAGCUUUUGCAUCUGACUUUAGCUUUUAUCAUGUUACUCGGAGCCGCCAUUACUCUAUACGAUUAGGUCCAUGGGGUGACUCUCAAAUUUAAGUCCUAUUUGUGUGACAUUAUACUAACAUACAUAUUGUUUCUAAGCAUCAGAAUGUAGCAGCGAAUUUGGAAUGCAAGACAAAAGAAUCCCAGAUAAUGGUAUUACGUCAUCGUCUGAGCUAAGCGCCAAUCACGCACCUGCAUUUGCUCGGCUGGAUGGCCCUAGAGCCUGGUGCUCAGCUCCGGGCGAUAAAUCACCGUAUAUACAAAUUACUUGGGACGAAGAAAACCUUAUAACAGCGAUAACAACCCAGGGAAGUUCACGCGAUUCUAGUUGGGCCAGAAAUUUUGAAGUUACAUACACGAGAGACGAAAAAUGGACAUCGUACGGAAAGGUAACUUUUUCUGAAAGCUAACAGUGAUGUUUUUACCAGCAUUAUAAAGUUACUGUCGACGUAACAAACAAAACCACUUUUUUUUCAUAAUGACUACUUUGUCAUUACCAUUCACAUUGAAGGGAACAAAACGCAAGCAAAUGGCGAAACGAUAUGAUAAUCACCAUUACGGUGUUGAUGCUUGCGGUUUAGUUUUCUGACAUCUCGUUGGCUCUUUUCGGAACGUAACAACAUUCUUUACAUAUAUCUUGUAUUCUGUUCCCGUGGAGCCUAAACUACUGCUGCGUUUAAACAGACAAACCCAAAACUGAGAAAAUAUCGCGACCACGGUGUCACUUGCAAAUAUUUGAUGACACAUUACAAAUACAUUCAUUAUUACAAGUUUUAUCACUAUUAAAAACAAAGCGCCAUAAUUUUCUUGGCUAACAUAGCUAUUACUGAGCUAGGAAUAUAAACAUAGGCCUUUUUUUCCUUUUUUUUUCUGUUUACAGCUACUUAAAGGUAAUCGAAACAGCAGAUCCUUGAAAAAGAAUGUCUUCAAGCCACCAAUUAGGACACGAUCAAUCAGGAUAUACCCAAAAGACCCGUUUAGGUUUUUAAUGGUUCCUGUGGUUCCUUGUCUUAGAUUGGAGCUCUAUGGAUGUUCUGCUCCAGGUAGGUAAAGAUGGCGAACUUCAAAACAGUGGCGUGGAUUAAGAAAUUGUGAAAUUCGUGUGUAAAAGGGCGCGAAUUCAAUUCAUCUGGUCAGCGGUCAGCGAUGAUGAUGGCCGCGUCUUUUGAAGCUGGCUAGUUGAGUGUUAUUUGUUGCUUUUUUGGUGUCUUUAAAUAAUUUAGUUUUUCGUUUAAGAGCUCCUGUUGGUGUCUUUUAUUUGAACAUGAUUUUCCCUUUCUAUUCGCAAUAAAUCAUCGAAAACCCUGUUCAAAAAGGCACUUAAAAAAAUAAUUGACCUGUUUGCGUGUUUGUGUCCGUGUUUACUUUUUUGACUUCUCGUUUCAUCUUCAGCAUCUUGUGAUCCACUACAAACCCUUAGGAAUGGAAAAAUACACAACAAUGGCAAUGAAAAUGGAGCAUUAGUCUCUUUUUCAUGUAACGAGGGAUUUAAAUUGCAAGGUUUGAGGCAGAUCAAAUGUGUUCAAGGAAUAUGGAACGGCAGUAUUCCAACUUGUGAAGGUUUGAGAUAUGACUAGACCGCAGAGGUUUUGGUGAAAUAUUUCUUCUUCAAGGAAAUAUACGUAAACUGUAUAUUCUUCUUUUUUUAAAUAAAUAAAUAAAUAAAUAGAACAUUUUCGUUCCCUUUCUUGCCCAAAGGCAAUUGCAAGAAUCCAGAACCUUUCAAAAAUGGUUCAAUCAUCGGAGAGGAUUACAGUUCUGGAUCGUCCAUUCAAUUUCGAUGCAACGUUGGUUACGAACUGCUUGGGUCAGAAAUAAUAUCUUGCGUGAAAGGAACAUGGAAUGAGACUACGCCUGAAUGCAAACGUAAGUUGCCGGCAGAUAAGUAUUUUGUGGGUACAGCUUAAUGUAGCACAAUAACCCAGCACCCAGCCAUCACACGCGAUUGGUUAGUAAGCUAGGGGAUUUCUCGGUCUUCGAGAAUUCGGUAAACUGGUUCACCGAAAGUUUCGUAAAUCUGUUUUAAGGUAGUUUUUAAACUAAAAGGUUUAUAAUCGUUGAGAAAUUUAAGAAAAAUAGUUACGGAUCUUAUUAUUUCAAAAGUAGGUUGACUUUGAUCGUUCAAGUGAACGUAGUCCUGAAUAGGACUGUUGUUGUUGACAGUGACUGACGUUUCGACAACCUGUGCGGUAGUCAUCUUCAGAGUCAAAGUGAGUUGUACCACGUCAGUUGAUGGUAUUAUACUCUGGUUAUUGAUCCGUGAUUGGUCAAUUAAUUGGUCAGUUAAGCCUUGAUGUUAUUGGCUAUGAAGACUCGUAAUCAGUAAUAGGACAAUUGCACGAUGACAUCAUUUUACUACAACUACCAGAAUCCUUCAGUUUGUUGUUUUCUUGUGCAAAUUAGGACUAUUGUUAUUUAAUCCUCAGCGGGAUUGACAAAUUUCAAUAACAAAGCAAAAACGAAAUGAAUUCUGGUAGUUGUAGUCAAAUGUCGUCAUCGUGAAAAUGGCCUAUUGGUGCGUUUCGAUCCGUCUAUUGUCACAGUUAAACAGUCGUCUAUUGUUAGUCAAAUUGUCAGUUCUCCAGUCGUUCUCUCGUAGUUAGUUUUGCUUGAUCUCGUCAAUAAGUCGUUUGUACGGCGCUGGUAACUGUUGGCUACGAUUCAGUGGCGUUUGUUCUAAGUUAGUAACCAGCUUUCUAAAGGAAGACGUUAAUAGUAGUCUGUAGAAUACGUUAUCCAUGUCGCAGAGUCCCAGUCAAUUUGAUGUUUCGUCUUUAAAUGGUGCUCCAGAAUGUGAUUGUUGACGUCACCAUUCCUCGUCGCGCGUUUGUGUUCGGUCAGUCAGUUAUCCAAGUUGUAGUCUUGAUAUCCCCCAGUCUUGAAUUUCUACAAUAGUUUAUCUGAUAUAUAAACGACAAAUAAAGGUUAAAAAAUUGACAUCCCUGAAAAUAUUACAGCUGUUGAAUGUGGUGAUCCUGGCAAACCAAAAAAUGGAGAGCAGAUUGUCAAGAAAGGCUACGUCUAUGGUGGAUCAGUCAAGUUUGUAUGUGACAACAAUUACACUCUAGUGGGGGCUGAUGUUAUAUAUUGUCAAGCAAAUAGGAGUUGGAGUUCCUCUGUUCCACGUUGCUUAGGUAAGUGCCAUGGGUAAGAGAAAAUAAACGACAUUAAUCCCGCAAACUAAUUUUGUCAAAGAGUUCUUAAUAGUAAAAAACGACAGUUCAAUUUUUGGUCGUUAAACCAUGAUCUAUACAUAAAUUAGCAGUAGCAAUAUUGUAGCUUUUAAUCGACAAAAGUUCUACAAAAGACGACAAAGGUUUGUUGUACCAAAAAAUUAACUUAUCGUCACACGGAAUAAACAAAAGUUUAAGCCUAAUCUGACCAUGCUUUUUCCCUUUUCUGGCUUCCUAAGACAGGGGAUGUAAAUGUAAAAGUAAAAAAAAACUGCUGAUAAUUAACACUGUUGAACACUGUUAAAACUUGAAUCCAACAUCUACCAUUAAGUCAUUUUAUGUUCAUUUUGUUUUUCACCGAUACGGAGUCCAUAUUGAAUUAAUUAGAUUUAAGGAGUAUUAUGGGAUGCUGAGGGGGCACGAGCACCAUCCCAUACACUCACUCAGUAUUUAAGCGCGCUUAAACUGAAAGUUUUCCAAGAAUAAGAUUGUAAUGCGAAAAAAGAACUUUGUGGGAUGUACUUCAUGUCAAGCCAUCAUAUAGUUGUCUAUAUACUUCAUCUCACUUAUCUUCUGUGGUAGCUUUGCUUACUAGAGAUACUUUUCUUCCUAACUUGAGUUGUUGAGGUGCUUUACCUGCUUGAGGUGCUUUGCCUGCUUGAGGUGCUUUGCUUACUUGAGGUGCUUUACUUGCUUGAGGUGCUUUGCCUGCUUGAGGUGCUUUGCUUUACUUGCUUGAGGUGCUUUGCCUGCUUGAGGUGCUUUGCUUACUUGAGGUGCUUUACUUGCUUGAGGUGCUUUACUUGCUUGAGGUGCUUUGCUUACUUGAGGUGCUUUACUUGCUUGAGGUGAUUUGCCUGCUUGAGGUGCUUUGCUUACUUGAGGUGCUUUACUUGCUUGAGGUGCUUUACUUGCUUGAGGUGCUUUACUUGCUUGAGGUGCUUUGCUUCCUUGAGGUGCUUUGCUUACUUGAGGUGCUUUACUUGCUUGAGGUGCUUUGCUUACUUAAGGUGCUUUACAAACAUAUUCUAGGAAAACUCUCGGAACAUCAGUAUGUGUAUUAUGGGAGAAGUGCGAAUUUGGUCACCAAAAGGCCUUGACUGAAUUAACAGUUAUAACAAAUAUUUAAAUAAUUCUAAAUUGAGUGUGAUGCAAUAUUUCAGCCAGAAAACCUUUUAUAGAAAAAAGACGAAUUUCGUAAAACAAGGCUGUUACACCUGGGUUGCCAUGGUAACGUUAAAGUUGACGUACAGGUCCCCUUGCUUUUAAAAUGUUCUUAGAUUAUUUUCUAGGACUAUUUGGUAAGUUUGAUUUCAUAGUUUGAACUAUUUUGAAGAUAUUCAAAGAUGUUUCUUGGUCUCAAUAACGUACAAUCCAAAUCAAAAUAACUCAGUGAGUUAGUUUCUAUAAAGAACUAAAGAAAUAACGAGCAAUUUGUUUUGUUCCCUUACUUUUUUCUGUAGCUAAGCUUGAUUUUUUUCUUUUUGAUUAAGCUAACUGUCGCUCACCUGGUGUUUUAAAUCAUGGUCUUAAAUUCGGUAAUAACUAUACACACGGAAAAACAGUUCGAUACUCUUGUAACCUUGGGUACACACUUGAAGGCGAGGCUGAACUGACUUGUGUAGAUGGAAAAUGGAACACUGCCUCUCCCAAGUGUAAAGGUUAGCGUUCAUUCUUGUUUUUUAAGAUAAAAGCUUGUGUUGAUUUUAGAGGAAAAGCGGGUUGUUUUAUUUGCAACCUUUUAAAUUGCGUGAGAGAUUUCGGUACAAAUGAAUUACAUACCCCGCAACUUUGAACCGUUUAAAGAAGAAUUAGCUGGCGUGCGUCUAUUCAAGUUGCAGUUACUUAAUACCCUGCUAUCUUCAUUUCUUGUAUUAGUUCAUUAUAUGUAAACGACAAAGGCUAAAACAUUAACCACCCUGUAAUUAUUACGAUAGCUGUUAAGUGUGGUAACCCUGGCAAACCAACAAACGGAAAGCAGAUUGUCAGGAAGGGCUACGUCUAUGGUGGAUCAGUCAAGUUUUUUUGUGACAAGAAUUACACUCUAGUGGGGACUGAUGUUAUAUAUUGUCAAGCUAAUGGGAGUUGGAGUUCCUCUGUUCCACGUUGCUUAGGUAAGUGCCAUGCCUAAGAGAAAAUUAAAGACAUUUACUCUCAUUAGUUUGUGCCUUAAAGUAUAAAUAACAGUAAGAGUAAGUGGUCGUAGAAACGUAAUAUAUGAAAAUUAGCGGUAGAAAAUUGUAGCUUUUUACAAAUACGUAUUAAUACUAGUUGUUCGAACAAUUUAAGUUAGUGUGCUGAAUAAAACUAAGAGAAACGCAAGUUAACGAUUAAUUUACUAUGAAAUUUGGUCUUAAAGAACAUAUCAUUCGUUUACCCUGGCUAGUUUUUCUGUUAUUAAGAGUUUUCUUUCUGUUCAAAUUAAAGCUAACUGUCGAUCCCCUGGUGAUAUAAAUCACGGCCUUAAAAUCGGUAAUAACUACACGCACGGAAAAAGAGUUCGAUACUCUUGUAACCUGGGGUACACCCUUGAAGGCGAGGCUGAACUGACUUGUGUAGAUGGAAGAUGGAACACUGCCACUCCCAAGUGUAAAGGUAAGCGUUCAUUCUUGUUUUCCAUUUCCAAAAUAAAAGCUUUCGUUUGUUUUGGAAGUUAAGGUUAUUUUAUUUGCAACUUUUCAAAUGACGUGGCAAAUUAUGGGAAUGACUGGAAAAUGAAUUAUAUAGCCCGCAACUUUGAACUGGUAAAAGAAGAAUUAACUCGUGAGCGUCUAUUCAAGUUGCAGGCUAAAGCUUUACUUGAUACCUUGCAAUCUUCAUUUCUUGUAUUGGUUUAUUAUAUGUAAACGACACGGGCUAAAAAAUUAACCACCCUGUAAUUAUUACGAUAGCUGUUGAGUGUGGUAAUCCUGGCAAACCAACUAACGGAAAGCAGAUUGUCAGGAAGGGCUACGUCUAUGGCGGAUCAGUCAAGUUUGUUUGUGACAAGAAUUACACUGUAGUGGGGACUGAUGUUAUAUAUUGUCAAGCUAAUAGGAGUUGGAGUUCCUCUGUUCCACGCUGCGUAGGUACGUGCCAUGCGUAAGAGAAAAUCAAAGACAUUUACCCUCAUUAGUUUUUGCCUUAAAGUAUAAAUAGCGGUAAGAUUAGAUGGUCGUAGAAAUGUAAUUUAUGAAAGUUAGUGGUAGAAAAUUAUAGCCUUUUUACAAAUAAGUAUUAAUACUAGUUGUUUGAACAAUUUAAAUUAGUGUGGUGAAUAAAACUAAGAGAAACGCAAGUUAACGAAACCAAUUAAUUUACUAUGAAAUUUGGUGUCAAAGAACAAAUCAUUCGUUUACCCUAGUUUUUCCGUUAUUAAUAGUUUUCGUUCUGUUCAAAUUAAAGCUAACUGUCGAUCCCCUGGUGAUAUAAAUCACGGCCUUAAAAUUGGUGAUAACUACAAGCACGGAAAGACAGUUCGAUACUCUUGUAACCUUGGGUACACACUUGAAGGCGAGGCUGAAGUGACUUGUGAAGAGGGAACAUGGAAUACUGAUACCCCCAAGUGCAAAGGU